AUGACGAAGCAAGAAAGUCCGGACCAGGAGAACACAGUCACCAUCCUCCUACUAGGAGACCCAGGAUGCGGUAAAACGACAUUCUUAUCUCAAGCUGAGCCUUUACGGGACAGUGACCAGCCCUUCCUUUAUGAUAUCCGUUUCUCAAAGAAGUCAUUUAGCCUCGAGUUAUAUGAUACUGCAUGUCCUAAUCAGCACUGGUCCACAUUGAAGCCGGACGUGGUUCUUCUGGCUUUUGAUAUAUCCAACAGAGAUACUUUGACCAAUCUCAAAACAUGGCGACACGAUAUUAUCCGGUACUUCCAACAUGGUCAGGGGGAACGGAUCCCCGUUAUGAUGGUAGGCUUGAAAAGAGAUUUGAGGGUAGAAGGCGAAGGUAUCAUCUACCCGCAAGAAACAUAUCGAAUCGCACAAGAGCUCCGGUGUGACCGUUACGCAGAGUGUUCUGCUGUUACGGGAGAACUUUUGGCAGAAACGUUCGAAGAUUUAGCGAGGCUUGCAGGCAUGACAACCACGGAUCGUGGGGGGCAGACGCAGGGUGGCUGUGUAGUCAGUUGA